GAGCCCAGGUAGGGGGAGUCAGGUAAGCAAACAGGAUAGAGGUGCAGCCCAGGAACAGAACAAGCAAAGGGAGAGACAGACUGGGGGCCACACACACAGGAGACGACAAAUAUCUGUAUUUACUGCUCACUGGACUGUCCCCUGGGAGAUCAGAGACUGUAACUUAGGGCCACACGAGAGCAUAGAAGUGACAUACAGAGGAGACUGCUGAGCGAGAGGGAAUCUCUUCUUCUUAAACUCUGCUCCGGCCCUUUCCUGCUGGGACUGAAGAUUGAGUGGCUCUAACUUAGGGCCACAGGAGCCCCAUAGAGAGUCGCCGACCCCUGGGAGCCGCAUACAGAGAAGAUAUCUAUAUACUGCUCAUUGUGGCUCUAACUUAGGGCCACACACAGUGCUACACAGACAGACAGAGAACUUACACUCAGAGCUUACACUCAGUACAGAGAGAGAGCGAUUUCAGCAAAAAAGAGGGUCUCACAAGCGGCACCCUGGUGCGAAUAAAGAGCACCCACUGUCUCCCUACUCAGAUUUUUGGCCGCCUGGCAGCAGGUGGCGGAAUGGGGACGGAGGAGGGGACAGAUUGGCUGCUGGCGCUGCUGCAGGAGGUUCAACUGGAACAAUUCUACUCGAAACUCCGCAAUGAGCUGAACAUCACCCGCCCGGGACACUUUGAUUUUGUAAAGCCAUUAGAUUUGGAUCAGAUUGGCAUGGGAAAACCAGGGCAGAGGAGACUGUUCGAAGCACUGAGGCGUAGGAAACCCCCAGUUCUUCCCAAAUCCUGGAUGUACAAGGUGUUUCCCCCCAAAAAUCCAGAGUCUCCAGAAGGACCCCAAAGCCCAGAGAUGUCCCCCUCACGGAUGGAACCUGACUCUAUGAAAUGCCUGAUUAAAGAACGUGACCUGGCCCUGUUUGAGCGGCUGGGGGACGGCUGUUUUGGGGUAGUGAGACGAGGGGAGUGGAGAGUGCCCAGUGGCAGGACUGUGAAUGUGGCAGUUAAAUAUCUGCGAUCCGAUGCCUGCUCCGACACAGAAGGCCUGCAAGAUUUCCUGCAAGAAGUCUACUCUAUGUUUGUGUUGGAUCAUCCCCACCUCAUCCGCCUCUAUGGGGUGGUAUUUUCCAAACCCUUUAAAAUGGUAACAGAAAUAGCCUCUCUGGGCUCCCUGCUGGAUGCCCUUCAUAACAGCUAUGGCAGUUGUGGCUCCUUCUCGCUGCCCCUCCUAUGGAAGUACUCUUUGCAGAUCGCUUCUGGCAUGAAGUUCUUGGAGUCCCACAAAUUCAUCCACAGAGAUCUGGCAACUCGGAAUAUUUUACUGACCAGUGAGGAAGUGGCCAAGAUUGGUGACUUUGGACUGAUGAGAGAGCUUGGUGGGCACAACAACCAUUACAUCAUGUCUGCCCACCGCAAGAUUCCCUUUGCUUGGUGCCCCCCAGAGAGUCUGAAGUUUGGAGCUUUCUCUAACCAGUCCGAUGUCUGGAUGUUUGGUGUUACGUUAUGGGAGAUGUUCACUUAUGGACAGGAGCCUUGGAUGGGCUUCAAUGGAAAACAGAUAUUACUGAAGAUUGACCGUGACAGAGAAAUCCUGGAGCGACCAGAUGAUUGUCCCCAGGCUCUCUAUGAGUUAAUGAAGAAGUGCUGGAUAUAUGAACCAGAUCAGAGGCCAACAUUUGCCAACCUAAUGGGCCUUCUUAAUGCAGCACGCCCCCAAGAGGUCCGAAUUCAACGUGAGGUAAAUGACCCUGGCUGUAUCCACCUGGAAAGUGGUGAUGUGGUCACCGUUAUUGAAGCAGGGUCAGAUACACACCUAUGGAGAGGGCAGAACAGGCGGACACUUAAAGUGGGGCGAUUCCCUGCAUCCAUUAUCCCCACAAGGGAUUUAGCCCAGUUUCAGAUUUCUGGAAGACCGUCUACAGGCUUAAUGCAACUGCCUGGUAUUGAGGCGUCAGAGAAUGAUAGGAGAAACAGAAUCAAAGACAGAGGAAGAAGAGGGGAGAGAAGCAAUCUGCUGGGUAUGCAAAGAAUUUCCAAAAGCCUUGAAUCUAUUGCUGAACCCUUAGUCCCAGCCAAUAGACAACAUGUGGUAACAAGGAACCGUGCUCAUGAUCUGGAGAGCCAUCCCAUCAACGCAUCACCCCGGAGAAUAAGCGACGUACCCAAUAUGCGAAACCUUGUCAAUAUGCGACCUCCUGUUUUUCCCAAACCCAAGGGGCCUGCUUCCAAGGAGAGAUUUAUUUCAGUCCCUAAUGCUGAUUUUCUUGCUCAGUCAAUCGGCGGUGUCCCUCGCCAGACUCCAGGAGGAACAGGGUCUGAGGGAGAAGCUGGAGGAAAGGGUUUAGGACAGAGAACUCCUGCAGAAGUUGAGCUGCAAAGAAAGAUCAAAGAGGUAGAGGAUCGGGUGCAUGGAGUGACCACGCAGGAGUGUCGCGAGGCGUUGCGUAAUAGCUCUGGGAAUGUUGGGCGUGCUAUCCAAGCACUCAAGAUGCAGCAGUUAUACAACGUGGGCAGAAACAGUAAGGAAGAUUGUCGACGUAUCCUGGAGAAGUGUCAGUGGGAUCUGGAGGCCGCGUCCCGCUAUGUGUUGCGGAAAGCCAACCUCUCAUCAUGAUUAAUUCUUCUCAAUGGCAAAAUACUUGACUUAGGUGCAAGUCGCAUUAGCGAGAGCAAGUGGCAUCCUUCUUAGGCUGUUUGACAUUGGGGAGCUGUUUCUGCUGGAAGCCACUGGUUGGCCAAACCUGAUGAUAUCACCAGUCACCACUGUGUGUUCCCGUCAUUGAUGGACAUUUAUUAUGAAAAGAACAAGGGGAACUAGAUGCAAUGAUACGCACUGGCUCAAAUCUACCUCAAAAAUAGAAUCGUUGACUUGUGAGGAAGAAGAAACUGGGCAUGCUGGCAUGGACAUUACCUGAACUUUGGGCACCACAGGUCUUUAUGAUUAGAGCCCCAUUAGAUGGAAGCCCAGUUGUGACUGCAAUAUUCUUUUAUCUACUACUUUUGCCCCUGGCUGAGAUGCUUCUUUUUCCUUGAGACAAUAGACACAGCCUUGCCAGGACUAGCAGAAUGGGAUGAGCCGCCAUAUUGGUUGGGGCAUGUGGAAUAAACAUUUUGUUCAUCCUGUGGAUUAGAGAGCAGAUGUGCCAAGUUCCUUCCUUUGCUACAGUGUUAGAGACUUGGCACCGCCAAAGAGAAGCUCUAGAAAGUCUUCACGAGGAUCGUCAUGAAGUCCAAGGGAGUGUGUACUGGCCCAGUGCCAGGUUAUUAGGAAUGUUUUUAAAGGAAAUCUGAUAUUGUAUUUGGUUUUGAACUUUUUAUACAAUUAUUAUUAAACACUUGUAAAAUAACCAAGAUGCAAAAGACUCUUUCCAGUGAUCUCCCUCUGUCCAUUUCAGCCUUGGGUGGAACUUUAAUAUGUGUUACCAUGAGCUGUUAUUCAGUUAGCUGGUGUUAUUUCACUUUACCUGCAUGUCUUCUUGGACUUGGAUCAGUCUUGGGUGGUGACCCAUCUGCUCCCAAACUGCACAGAGUCACUUAUAGUGCACCUCCAAACCUCCCAAACUUGGCUGAAGAUGGAGCAGUUUUCUUUUGGAGGGGACGUUGAGACUUCUCAGCAGCACAUGAAAAAGAGAAGUGAGUCUGGCGGAGUCCAAAGGAUGGUCACUAGUGCCGCCAGUUAGUGCUGUGCUGCCACAUUGUACUGACAGUUGUAGGCAGAUAAAGGGGUCAUCAUCGAGGUACCUCGGCACAAAUCCUUCUGGUUUUUUUAUAUUGGUAUUAUUUUGUUUACUGUAAUUCAAUCAUUUUACCUCGUAAAGACUCAUGGGGUGAGGAGGGAAAUAUCUAUCUGGUUACAAUUCAGCUGCCUGCCCUGUCUCACUGCACGAUUAUGGAUCAAAUGCUACAACCAACAUUCAGGGAACCCCUUAGUAUCAGAGUUUUAACUGUACAGGUAUGGGACCCGUUGUCUCGAAACCCAUUAUCCAGAAAGCUCCAAAUUACGGAAAGGCUGCCUCCCAUAGACUCCAUUAUAAUCAAAUAAUCCAAAUGUUUAAAAAUGAUUUCCUUUUCCUGUGUAAUAAUAAAACAGUCGCUUGUACUUGAUCCCAACUAAGAUAUAAUUAAUUCUUAUUGAAGGCAAAACCAGCCUAUUGGCUUUAUUUAAUUUAUUCAAUUUAUUUUCUACUAGACAUAAGGUAUGGAGAUCCCAAUUAUGGAAAGAUCCAUUAUCCGGAAAACCCCAGGAUAACUCGCCCCAUCCCUGUACUCCGUUAUCCCACGAGGGGGUCGUACACAGCAACAUUUGUGUAUAUAUUUUUAUAUCUUUUUGUUUUUUAUAAAAUAAAAGUGAUGACAUUGUAGAGAC